UGAUAAGACUUGGACAAUAUGGAGAUAAGACAAUAUUUAUGAAAGGGAAGUGUCAGUUAUAAAUAACAGCAAGACCGUGUAGGUCACAAACUUUAAAGGAAAUAAUGAACAAAAGUAAAGGGGUUGUGCUGUUACUAGUGUGCUUAGCUGCUUAUAUUCAAGCGCAGGAUUACUGGACUCUUCCUAGAUGUAGGAGAUGUCAUAGGGUGACAUCCUUUGAACAAUGUGAAAAUUAUGUUGUGUGUGACAGAAAUGAGGCGUGUUUUGUUGACGAGCUGAUUACUGAAUCCGGCAUAGCUGUGUUCGAAGCCGGUUGUAGAGCGAUUGAGGUGUGUAAAGCUAGUGGUAAAAAAAGGAAAAGAGGUGAUCUUGUUGCUUGUUCCAAGUGUUGUGACGGGGACGAUUAUUGUAAUGACCGUCUGUGUGGCCUUAAAAAAGAAAGUAAUUUAACUUUAUGUAACUCGUGUGACGGUAGAGAUGGUCGACCACAACCACCACAAUACCCGGAAGAUUGCGCUUAUCUCCGACAGUGUGCACCAACAGAGGCGUGUUUUGCAAGCACCUAUAUGUAUGACGCAACAUCACUAAGACAUUAUAGUACUUGUAGAAGCAAAAAGAUAUGUGACAAUCUGAUGAAAUACAUAUUUGAAACGUACCAAACAAAAGCUCUUGGAAAGAGAAACGCAGGAACUAUUUGCGCAGUAUGUUGUGGGGACGAACAAUGUAAUAAGUACGCGUGUGAAACUACAAAAAAACGUAUACGCUAUCUCAACUUGCAAGAACGUUUUAAUCAUACUACAUUAACAGAGAUUCCUUGGUCUGCAACAUAAUCACCGUCAUGUUCAUUUGUAUUGUUACUCUGUAUUUCCAGAAAUAAAUGAUUAUUUACUUA